AUGUUUGGCAGUAGGAUUGCAAACCAGUCUAUUGCAAGACAAUUUAUACGGUAUUCUUCCAAGAAGAAGGCCGUUCGUGGACCCAAUCGGAUUCAAGUUCAACUCUUGAAAGAUAGUCAAUUUGGUACCAAAGGAGAAGUAUUGUCCAUUAGUCCUGGGUUUAUGCGGAAUGUAUUACAUCAUUUUGGUGUGGCAUGUUAUAUGAAUGAAGGUCCCCGUAUUCCUGUUGUGGAGACACGUAAGGUAUCUGCUCAAGAAGCUAAAGAACGGAGAAAGCAAGCUCAAGAGACUGCAGCUGCUGACGAAAAGGUAUCUGCUGCUACAACCAAGACAACCCAAGCUGAAGCAUUGACAUUGGACGAAUUAUCUAGUUUGUUCAAUACAUUGAAAAAAAGGCCUUCCAAGUCCAAUUCACCAGCAUUUGUAUUUGAAAAAGAAGUUACUGUAAGUUCAGAGGAAAUUGUGGAGUCGGAAAGACUUGCAUUUGGUGACUUGGUUGAACUUAUGCCAGAUCUGCAUGUGGUUAAUUCUGAAAAGACCAAGUUACCACUUGAAGAGUCGUUUUUCAAAAAUCUUUAUUCACAUUUCACCGGUGGUCAACUCACUGAGAAUGAUUUCAAGUUGUAUAAAAACAGUAAACAAAUCAAGAGUAUCACCGAACCAGGUGCAUAUGAAUGGCGUGUGUAUGCUGCUGAUGGUCAGUUCACCAAGUCCAGACUUGUUGUUGAAUAG